AUUUUGACAUUCAGCGGCGCAUUUUUCAAAUCGAGGAAGAGAGAAUAUUAACAUUGGUUGCGAGAUACAGAAGAAUAAGAAUAACAUACAGAAGAAGAAGAGAGAAUAUUAACAUUGGUUGCGAGAUACAGAAGAAUAAGAAUAAGAAGAACAUACAGAAGAAGAAGAGAGAAUAUUUCCACAGCUCCACAAGCUCUUUUCGCGAUUGGCGAAAGCAUCAUAUUUGAAACAUUUCAAGAUCCAGAGAAGAGGGUCCUGUACAGCCGUGUUUGAAAACAUUUCCCAGAACUCAGCAUGGUACUAGGAAAAGGGCUUUCAACAGCUCCUGGUAUAAGAACAAUUCAUGGCUUGAAAAGUCUGUAAGUCAAGAUUCGACUUAUUGUUUCGCCUGUAGGCAUUUUUCUCUGCCCGAUACACCUGAAUAUGCCUUCACAUCACAGUCAGGUCUUUGUAACUGGAAAAAGGCGCUGUUUAAAGAUUCUGGGUUUAAGCUCCAUUCGAAGGCAGAACAUCGUAUCAAUGCUAUGCAUACUUGGAAUCAGCAUAAAAAGGCAAUUGACAGCAACUCAUCAAUGUUAGAUGUCAUAAAUGAGGACCGGAAAAAGAAAGUGGAGGAAAACUGUACUUACAUUAAAAUGCUCCUAUUAAAUGUCUGAUGACUCUCACAACAAUUGUCAUUUUUCGACAAUCUUAGAAGAAAUAGCAAAGCAUGACCCUCUCAUAGAGAAAAGGAGGAAUGGAUGUGGCGAUGCUAAGUACACAAGCCACCAAAUCCAGAAUGAAGUUCUUGAGGGCUUAGCUGAAAAAGAAAGUGAAGUUUUUAGUGUAAUUGCAGAUGAAACCAAAGAUUUACAGAAAAAAUAACAAAUGUCUUUAGUUGUGAGGUACUAUUACAACGGGACCAUCCACGAAAGCUUUUUACACUUUCAGUCAGCUGAAAGCUUAGAUGCAGCAGGUCUCACAAAAAUGAUAGUUGAUUGCCUUGAAAAAUAUGGUCUGGACUACAGAAAUAAUCUCGUGGGGCAAGGCUAUGACGGUGCAUCCGUCACGAGCGGAAAGCAUUCGGGUGUGUCUGCACGGAUUAAAAACAGUGCAAGAUUUGCAUUUUAUGUGCACUGUAAUGCACAUUGUUUGAAUUUGGUUCUUGUUGAUGCUGUAAAAUCAGUGCCUGAGGCAGUUAACUGUUUUGCUCUCCUGCAGAAGCUUGAUAACGUUGUAUCUGAUUCGUAUGUUCAUCUCAAGUGGCUUGCAGUUCAGAAAGAGCUGUAUCCACAGCAGCAGCCCAGGAAACUACAGAGACUUACAGAUGUAAGGUGGGCAUGCAGAUACAUGGCAUGCCGUAAUCUGAGGGACAGGCUUCCAGCAGUUCUGAGAGUGCUACAGGAUAUCACACUUGAAAAUAGUGGUGAUGGAUCAGUGGAGGAAAGGGGCCUUCUUUCUCAGAUAGAUUUACAUUUCAUAAGGCUUUUGGUUACCUUUUGUAAAGUGCUUGGUGAUGCCAAAUGUCUUUCUGACAUGCUCCAAUCAAGCUCUCUUGACCUAGCAAGGGCUGUGGAUCUAGUAGGUGCCCUUACAGACACAUUACAGGACUACAGAAGUGAGGGUUACUUUGGAGAACUAUGGAAAGAGGUUGAAGAGAUUGCAGAGCACUGCAAAAUAGGUGUACAAACAGUGUGUAAAAGACAGCCUAAAACAAGCUUAAGAUUUCAUGACUCAUUGAUGAUGAGCACUGUAGGACAGAAAAAUAGUGACCAAAGUGAUGGUGAGAGCUUCCAAAGAGCUAUCUUUUAUCAGGUGCUUGACAAUCUCACAGCUGAGCUGCAGAGGCGUUUUUCAAAGAAGAAUUGCGAGAUAAUGCAAGGGGUCCAGUCUCUCAACCCAAAGAGUACAACAUUCUUGAAUGAGGAGCCUCUGUUUGCCUUUGCUCAGACUUUUGAGUCAGAUUUCGAGGACCUCAAACAUGAGGUUCAUCAAACCAAGCAGCUUCUUGAUAGGAGAGAGAAAAGUGGAAGGGACCGUCUACUCUCCUUGACUUUGUUGGGUUUCUAGAACCUUAUAAAGAGGUCUCCAUGAGCUAUUUCCACUUUGUAAGAUUUCUGUUGUUACACCAGUCAGCAGUGCUUCUUGCGAGAGAAGCUUCUCAGCUUUAAAACAGAUAAAAACCCACCUUAGGACAACAAUAGUUGAUGACAGGUUAAGUCACCUCAGAAUUCUCAGUGUUGAGUCAAGGAGGGCACGCUCCCUCAACAUGGAUGAAUUUGUGAAAUAUUUUGCCAGUUCUCACCAGAACCGCAGAAUUAUGCUGUUUUAAAGCUACCUAGAAUAAUUUGGCAUUUAGGCAGUCCCUCUGGUCAUGAUUAAAACCUGCACUGUGUACUAGCUAGUACACUGACAUUCUAAAAUGAUAAAUCCACAGGGUAUCAUGUCACACAGAUUUAA